AAUUGAUAUUACGAUAUUAUUUAAUAGAUUCAAAUACUAUUAUUGACAGUUGCAGAUAUAUAGGCCUGCUUGAGAUUCUUAUUUAGACGAAACGGGCGGAGAGACGUACACAUAUAACACGGUUAUAUACAGCAGCUGUGAGAGGCUGUGCACUUGAUUAAAACGACCGUCGUUGCAUAUGCUAGCAAGACGAUUACAAUGCCCCGGGACAACAUGACCUCCCUCAUCCAAAAGAUUGCCAGGCAAGCCUUAGUUACCUUCAGAAAUCAGUCUACAUUUGGGGAUAAAGUAUUUUUGGAAAAUCAAAGUAAGCUUUACAGCCUUCUGGCGGAAAUGAGGGCGGCGGAUCUACAGAUUGUACCGCGGAAAGUUGAAAGCUCCCCAAUUUCUAUACCCCACAACCCGCCGGUCACAUACAUGCACAUAUGCGAGACCGACGCCUUCAGCAUGGGGGUUUUCUUGCUAAAGAACGGAACUUCCAUCCCUCUGCACGACCACCCGGGGAUGAACGGAAUGCUGAAAAUUCUCUACGGCAAGGUCAGGAUUAGCUGCUUCGACAAGUUGGAUCAGCAGUCGGAGGCAGCGAGUGAAACGCAGUUCACGCCACCACUCUUGCCCUACCAAAAGGACGCUCUGAGGAGAUCCAUGCUCAGGUCGGUCGGCGAGUACACGGAGGAAAGCAGUCCGUGCAUUUUGACGCCAAAUACAGACAACCUUCAUCAGAUUGAUGCAGUGGACGGACCGACUGCGUUUCUCGACAUACUGGCACCCCCCUACGACCCAGACGACGGGAGAGACUGCCACUAUUACAAAGUGCUUACUCCGGUUUCAGGAGUGGUAGACAAAAAGGCAGAUUCUCAGGAACGGAGAGAAGUGUGGCUGCUUGAGAUUCCCCAGCCUUCAAACUUCUGGUGCGGCGGGGAACCCUUUCCCGGGCCCGAGGUCUGCCUGUAGGCUAAACAGUGCUUCGUGCGGUGUGGGUGAUCAACGAAGCAGGUUAUGAAACGAACUUUUGUAUACAGACUGGACGAUGAAAAACGUUUGAAGGAGCUAUUUCUUCGUGCGUUUGCUUGUUUUUCUUCAACUAUCAGCAGAAUUCUGUUUUCAUGACUGGGUUCAAUCGUAUUUUUAUUUUUUAGUGACGUCGAAUAGGCUAUUUAAAACAACUUUCACUUUCCAGCUGUAGGCGUUUGUUAUCAUUAUGUAUGUGCCUACGCUUGUUUCAAAGGCAUGAACUCAAUAUUGGAGUGAUCAGCUACAAACUCGGACUAUCCUUACAAUAGACUUGAUUUAUUUGAAAAUGCACUGUAUUCAGUCAUUCGCUGCAUGGUCUUUGCAUUCGGGACGUAUAGUGCUAUUUAUAAAAAAUGAAAUGUAUCAGUUCUAUAUUUUCAGAUUGAUUCAAUUUCCAAAGGCAUUACGUUUAUUUGUAUAUGACGUAAUUAUGAAUGGGUUUUGACGCAAUAAAAGUGAAUUAACUUUU